AUGGAGCGCGAGCCGAGCGCCUCCGCGGCCGCUCCUGCGGCGGCGGCCGCGUUCUUCUCCUGGGGUGCAAAUAGCUACGGGCAACUUGGCCUUGGCCAUAAGGAAGAUGUCCUUUUGCCCCAGCAACUGAGUGACUUCUAUAAACCUGAGUGUAUCAGGAGGAUCACUGGAGGAGGGGGCCACUCUGCUGUUGUCACAGAUGAUGGAGGCCUUUUUGUUUGUGGCCUGAACAAAGAUGGGCAACUGGGUCUUGGUCACACAGAAGAUAUUCUGUAUUUCACUGCCUGCAGAUCGCUCCUUGGCUGUCCUAUCCUACAGGUGGCCUGUGGCUGGGAUUUUACUAUUAUUCUCACAGAGAGUGGUCAAGUUUUGUCAUGUGGAUCCAACUCCUUUGGCCAGCUAGGAGUUCCUCAUGGCGCUCGAAGAUGCGUGGUUCCCCAGGCCAUUGAGCUCCUGAGAGAGAAGGUUGUUUGCAUUGCUGCUGGACUGAGGCAUGCUUUAGCUGCUACAGCAAAUGGCGUCGUGUUCCAGUGGGGGACUGGUUUGGCAUCAUCUGGACGGCGGUUGUGCCCUGGGCAGACUCUCCCACCAUUUUUGACAGCAAGGGAACCCAGCAGAGUGACAGGCCUGGAGAAUUCUAAAGUAACCUGUGUUCUUGCUGGCUCGGAUCACUCAGCCUCGCUGACAGAUGCAGGAGAGCUGUAUGUUUGGGGAAGCAACAAGCAUGGGCAACUGGCUUCCUUGGCUGCUUUUCUUCCUAUGCCCCAGAAAAUAGAAGCACACUGUUUUCAGAAUGAAAAGGUCACUUCUGUCUGGAGUGGGUGGACACACCUGGUUGCUCAGACAGAAACUGGCAAGGUGUUUACCUGGGGCCGAGCGGACUACGGUCAACUAGGGAGGAAGCUGGCGUCUUCUGAAGACUGGAAACUACAAAGUCAGGAUCCAUCGUGUCCCCGCUCAGUACCUCGGAAGAGCAUGCCUUCGCCUCUGCACUGCCUAACAGGAGCAACUGAGUUCUGUGAAAUGGAUGUUGCGUUCCAAUUUUUACCAACGAAGAACCCAAGGUUCCUAGAGAAAAGGCUUGGCUUGUCCAAGGUCAUGGAGCUGAUCUCUUGCGGCUCAGAGCAUAAUCUGGCUGUGAUUGGAGGGACGUGUUACUCUUGGGGCUGGAACGAGCACGGCAUGUGCGGGGAUGGCUCUGAAGACAAUAUCUGGGCCCCGAAGCCCGUGCAGGCUCUGCGGUCGUCACUGGGACUCCUCGUGGGCUGUGGGGCUGGCCACUCCCUGGCCCUCUGCCAGCUGCCAGCCCUCCCUGAGUUGGGCCAACACCCCAAGGUCGCUGGCUCUUCCCUGGAUGCCACUGAAGAUGCUGAAUCUCAGGAAGCCAUGGACAAAGAGAGAAAUUGGAAGGAAAGGCAUCCAGAAGCUUCUGCCCAAAGCCAAUAUGGCAGGUCAAAAAAUGAGGGGCUUGUGACAGAGGCCCUUUAAUAAAGUGACUUUUCCCACCCA